GUUUGUUGUCGCUGUUUGAUGACGUAGUGAACCGCAGCGAGUGACCGUGAGCUGUUUGACAUGUUGGACGGAGAGGAAGCGUGCUGACAACAAUCAUGAUGAAUUUAUCCGCUUUAGUGCACAGCCUCAGAUGUUCUUUGCUCCACAUUGAAAGCAGACUUGUGCAGGCGGCCGGACUGACGUUAGACAGACAGCUGGCUCCAGCCUUGGCAGUGAGUGGCCCCAGCCUCCUGCCUCAGGUCGACAGGGAGGAGGAGGAGCUGGAAGAGCAGCAGAGCCCGGAGCAGCCUCCCGGCCUCCUAGACAGCAUCCUGUGGAUGGCAGCACCCAAGAAGAGACGCACUAUAGAGGUCAACCGCACCAGGAGGAGAGCUGAAAGCAAUCUCCUUAAAGUCAAGAACAACAUCGAGCCGUGUCCCGAGUGUGGCCACCUGAAGCAGAAACACAUCAUGUGUGGCUUCUGUUACGCUAAGGUGUGCAAAGAGACGGCUCUGAUUCGUCAACAGAUAAAAGCGAUGGAAGGCGGCCCGCUGAAGGCCCCGACCGUGGAGACUGUCGUCCUGUAUGAGGGCGAAACGCCGAGUCAGCUGGCCGAGGACAAGAGGAUUGUGGAGAGGGGCCGGAAGAGGCCUGCCUGGUUCAGCCUGUGAUGCUGAGAUAUUAAUGCUGUGCGUGACACAUACGCACUGAUUCUUUAUAUGAUGUAGUAAACAGCAUAUUUUGUCCAGUCUGUUAUUCAGCAAACGAAGGAGGCUGAUGCAUCAAUUUAGUUUUUCUACAAAGCGAUUGUUUGAUCAGCACUGAUACCUGGAGAUUUGAUGAAUACUGGCACAUCAGACAUACAUUUAUCUCUGUGAACAUACUGUACUAUUUCAUUGAUGUGUGGGUUUAGGGCUCACAGCCACAAAGUCAUUGGAGUUUCUUGGUAUCGGACAUCAUGUUUUUGUCUUUGUUUCAGCUGUUUGUCAUGUUUUCGACUGAGAUAAAUUUACUGUAUAUUUGAUUGUUUGACAAUAAAUUCAUUAUUUGAAAAAAGAA